AUCGGAAAUGUUAGAAGUGGAGAGAAAGAAGGAAGAGAGUUCAACUCUGUUGGGUGACAAAACUAUUAGCUUUAGGGAACAGAUGCAAGAUCCAUCUUCAAACCCUAAUUCCAAUUCCAAUCCCAAUCCUCACAAUGCCAAUGCCGCAUCUCAGCCACCGCGACCGGCACCGUCAACAGCGGCCGCCGGCGCCGGCGCCUCAUCGUCCUCGAUUUUCGCACGCUCCGGCGGGCCUCACCACCGGCGAGCUCACUCGGAGGUGAGUUUCCGGCUUCCGGACGACAUGAUGGACCUUUCGCCGUCGGAUCCGUUUGCCGGCGGGUCAUCUACGGCGAGUAUGGACGAGAUCGGAUCCGAGGACGACUUGUUCUCGACGUACAUUGACGUGGACAAGCUGGGAGGUGCAAACGGGUCGGGCGGUGCAGGAAAUGGAGCGGAUCCGACCGGAGAACUGGAGAAAAGUCCGGCGAUGGCGAGGCACCGGCACAGUAAUUCCGUCGAUGGCUCUUCAUCGUUUGGCGAAAUUAUGGAAGCUAAGAAGGCUAUGCCUCCUGAUAAGUUAGCCGAGCUAUGGACAGUUGAUCCUAAGCGUGCUAAGAGAAUACUUGCAAAUCGGCAAUCCGCUGCUCGAUCUAAAGAGAGAAAAGCUCGCUAUAUACAAGAACUCGAGCGCAAGGUUCAAACACUUCAGACGGAAGCCACAACUCUUUCUGCUCAAUUGACAUUAUACCAGAGGGACACGACAGGCCUGAGUACUGAAAAUACCGAGCUUAAGCUCCGUCUGCAAGCCAUGGAGCAGCAAGCACAGCUUCGAGAUGCUCUUAAUGAAGCAUUGAAAAAGGAAGUUGAGAGACUUAAAGUUGCUACUGGUGAGAUGAUGAGCCACACUGAAUCCUUUAAUUUGGGAAUGCACCAUAUGCCGUUUACGGGACCAACUUUCAGUCCAAUCGUGUCACAAUCAGGCCCUUCUGGUCACCAAAACAUCCAGUUGUCAUCAUUUGGUCACUCCCCAUCAACAAUGCCAACUCAUCCACUGCAUCAAACUAGUUCUCAUACACUAUCAGAAAUAUUGCAAAAUGACCAGCUUGGUCGUUUCCAGGGGCUUGACAUUAGUAGCAAAGGGUCAACUCUGGUGAAGUCUGAAGGCCCCUCACUUUCUGCAAGGAUGCUCACCAAAAAGGGGAAGCACCCUUGGGGUUUUGUUGUGAAGUUCACACAAUCGUGUUUCAGCAAGGCAUUUGGUGUUUCUGGGCGCUGGAAUAUCGGGAAUGAAAGGUCGUUCCCAUUGUAUCUUUGUAUGUUGGGAUAUGCAUCGAUCCUCUGAUCUUUUGUAUCAUUGUUUACGUGAUAGCAUGUACACUGUGUGAUUUAUUGUUGUGUUUCACUUCAUUCAUAGUCCUAGAUGGACUCGUUUUUUUUUUUUAUAAAUCUAGUUACUUAGUUUUUGGUUAUUCAUAGUCGUUGUACAAUCCAAGAUUUUUGGAUUCCUGUUGUAUUAAAAGCUUCUUCCGAGAUCAGACCUUUUUUUAGUAAUUGGCAUUUCUUAGUGAUUAUAA